ACACUAUCAUAGACACAAUCAUAUUAUCUUUAAUCGUGUUUGAAAUUGUUUUUCUUUUGAUUUUAUGAAUUAUAAUUUUUAUUUCUAAUAGAACUAUUUACAGAUCGAACAACAAAUAAACAAUGUUAAUAUUCUUUAAUGUAAGGUAAAUAUAAAAAAUCAUAUUCUGCAGUUAUGUCUAAAGAUCCCAGCUCUAGUAAGGAGAAACGUAAGAGUUCACGUAAAGACGAAGGAUCUAAAAUACUUAAAGUACUUACUCUGUAUGAAUAUCUCAUAAAACUUCCGGAAGCCGUUCAAGAUCGGCUCUAUAGCCAUCCGCCGACCUGCUUAACGGUUUUUAGAGUGUUACCUGACAUUGCUCAGCAAUUCACGUUACGUAUUUUGUUCAUUGAACAGCCGGUGCCACAAUCUGUUCUCUCGUCCUGGGUACCUGCAAAUUAUUCCCGCGAACUCGAAGAAUCCAUAGAAGUAGCCACCAAUUUGCACAUAUGGAAAUUAACAGGGGUAUCCGGAGGCCUUAAAGGAUGGAUUCUGAAUUCUACAUUCAAAAAAAAACUUAAAGUAGCGUUAAUGGGUGGUGGACGUUCGACGGUAUCUAACAGUGAUGUGGCUGCCGACCCAAAAGCACGAGAUAUAGACUUUUUAGAUGCAUAUGCCUAUGAACGGUGGGAAUGCAUACUGCACUAUAUGGUUGGUUCUAAACAUGAAGGUAUAUCAAAUGAUGCAGUUAGAGUUUUACUAAACGCUGGUCUCAUGGUUAGUAAAUUGAAUUAAAUUAUUUUUAUUAUACCUAAAAUGUAUUAUUUAUUAUAAUACAUGUGCACCUAUUAAUUAAAAAAAAUAUAUCAUUUAUAUUUUAGGUCAGAGACACAGAUGAUAGUCCAAUAAUUACAUCAACUGGGUUUCAAUUUCUUCUACUAGAUAUGGCUACACAAGUAUGGUACUUUAUGCUCCGUUAUAUGGAAACUGUGGAAUCAAGAGGUUUGGAUCUGGCUCAAUGUUUGACGUUCCUCUUUCAAAUACAUCUUGGGACUUUAGGAUGGGAUUAUAUAACUGAUGAAAUGUCUGAAAAUCUUCAAGCAUUUUUACAACAUCUUCGAGAAUUUGGACUGGUAUACCAAAGAAAACGUAAAGCAGGACGCUUUUAUCCUACUCGCUUAGUAAUUGAAAUGGGGCAGGGAAACAGUCGUACUUCAGAGCGUAUGAAAAAUAAGGAACGUUAUAUUAUUGUGGAAACUAAUUUUCGAAUUUAUGCUAUGACUGAUUCUGAUCUGAAAGUCGCUUUGGUUGCAUUAUUUACACAUAUGCUUUACAGGUAAUAAUUUAUAAAUUAUAAUGAUAGUUUACACAAAUAUAUCUAUUAUUUUAUUUUAAUAUUUUAGAUUUCCAAACAUGUCUGCUGGUAUACUGACAAGAGAUUCAGUACGAACAGCAUUACGUAGUGGAAUUACAGCCGCACAGAUAGUUAGAUUUCUUUCUGUGCAUACACAUCCACAAAUGCAAGAGGGAGGUAUGCCACAGACCGUUAUUGAUCAAAUUUAUCUGUGGGAAAAUGAAAGAAAUCGAUUAACAUACACAGAUGGUGUUUUAUAUAGUAAUAUUAACACACCAAAUGAUUACGAAACAAUUAAAAAUUAUGCUGCAGAGAUUGGGGCAUUGGUGUGGUGUGAUGAAAGAAGACGAAACAUAGUUGUCAGCACAGAUGGCCAUGAUGAUGUAAGAAAGUUUUGGAAAAAACAACCAAAGUCUGAUCCCUUUUAAUGUAAUUGUCAAUAUAACAGUAAUUACAUUAUUGAAAACUAUUAAUAUAAUCAUUUUGUAAAAUACCAAAAGAUUUUCAUCUGUUUGUAAUUUUUUUUCAAAUAAAAAUUAUUAUUUUUUAUUUUUGAUACAAUUUUUUAAAACCUUAUUAGCUGCUUUAAAUAUUAACAUAUAUGAGGAUUAAAUAAUAAUAAAAAAAAAAAAACAAAGAAGUAUCAUAUUACUUUAUUUUCAGUACAAUAUAACACUAUAACAAGUGGAAGAAAAACAGUGUAUUAUAUUAUGAUGUUACUUAUAGGUAAAUAAACAAAGAUAUAGUUCAGUAUAAAUGUAUAAUAUUGUUGUAUACAUAUAUAUAAAAAAUUAUAAGGGACGGUAAUUUUAUUCAUAUUUUUUCUUAUAAUUCAUUAAUUUUAAUGUGUGCAAAUAACAGUAUUUAGGUCUAUAUUACUUUUUACAAAAAUAUAAUUUCUUGAGUUUCUUAUCACUACGUGUAUAUCUACAUAUAUAAUAAAUUAUAAUUAUAAUAAAAUAAUAUAUUAUGAGAUUAACCAUUUUUAUGUUAUUGAAUUAAAUAAAAUAUUUAUAACAAUAAAAAUUUCUAGAGAUCAUCGGAAAAAAUCAGUUAUAAUAUUAUUUUGUUUACAGUGUUGGUAACAAAUUGCAACUACUGCAUACUGACUGUUUUAAUAUUUUAAUAAAAAACACUUGCCUAACAAAAGGGUACUAAAUUGUAAAAUACUGAUUCUUCGUCAAUCACUAAAAAAUUUCAGGUUCAUGAACCUGUAUGGUGAUUUUAAUACAAUGAUUUAAAUCAAUAAUGCACAAAAAAUUUAUUGACAUCCAAUUUGCCUAAUUCAUUUUAUUAUACUCAAUUUCAGUAAGUGAGCAAUAUAACUUAAGAUAAUACUAUUAUUAUAAUAAUACUAUACAAGAUAAUUUUAAUGAACAAGGAUUGUCAUAAUUGGGCAGUUUAUAAUAUCUUGAUAACUUUGGAAGACAAUUGAUUGUUUUUAGUGAAAACUAUAUUUUUUUUAUAACAUUUUUAAUAAAUAAAUAAUUAUUUAUUAUUUAUAAAAGUUAAAUAAGAGGACACUUCAUUGAAUAGCCAGAUUUAGAACCAGCGUAUACUACAGACUUAAAUUAACAAAAAAAAGUGAUGUUAUAAACUAUUUAAUAAAUCUAGCCAAUUUUGUUGAAGAAUGAUAUAAAUAUUCAUUGCAAUUUAUCGUGGUUUACUCUUAAAGUGUGUACUAGAUAUUAUAUUGAAAUAUUUAUAAAAUUUAAAUUUAUAUUUAUAAAUUAUCAAGUCAUAAAAUUAGAUGUCUGAAUAAUGUAGUUUUUUACAUUUAUUUUGAAUUGUGACGAAAAAAAAUUAUUUUCAAUGAUAUUAAUUUUAAGAAUUAAAGAAGUUUAUAACAUCACUUACUAUUACACAAUUAUAAUAAAUAGAAAAAUUUAGUUAGUUAAUUUGUUCCAAAGUCCCUAACAGUAUUUUACCCUGUUUUAUUGCACAUUAUUAUAAUAACUAAAUUAAAACUAUCACAAUUAAUAACAGUUUUCCAAUUAAUUCUAAUAUUUUGUCCGCGAAAAAAAAAAAAAUAAAAAAAUAUGCAUAAACAUAUAAUAAUUAAUAAUGUGUAAAUAUAAAAUUAAUUUCAAAUAAAAAUUCUAUAAACAAAAAAAUAAUACAAGUGAUGCUAAUCAUAUUUUAAACAAAUAAUAAUGUAUGUUGGUAAGUUAAAUGCAAAGUAAUAAUUAUUAUUAUUACCUAUUCAACUGUAAAACCACAAGUUUCUUCAACUGCUUGGCUGAGUUUAUCGAGUAAUUUUUGUUUACUCUCAUAUUUUGGCAAAUCGAGGCGAUUAAAGCAUGUGUGUGCUUUUGGCAGAUUAUCUGUUGGUACAUCAGUCAAGUGUAUAGUGAAUAAACGAGGACCAGCUGCUCCAGUAGAUCCUACAAAAGUUUUAGACAAAGUCAAGUCUUUUAUAAAUGUUUUCUUUGUGAAAUAUCAAAUAAGUAAGUUACCUUGAAGUGCCUUGAAUCCUUGUAGAGGAACUCUAGAACUGCCAGUGACAAACUGUAAUAAUCUAAGACGCAUUUCUUGGCUAUAAUUUUGUUCAAUAAUUUCCCAAAACCAUUUCACAACAGACAUAUCAGGUGAACAAUGCU